UUCCUUCACCAACUCUCAUAUGAGAACGCAUAAUUCGGUUCACUCCAUGCCUUUUUUACUAAAGAGAAUACGACAUUUGAGAAAUACAAAUGAAUUAGAUAUAUACCGAAAGAUAUGAUAUUAUUCUGCAGAACUUGCGGUAACGUUCUCAAGGUAGUAGAGGCAGGUUAUUCAGGUCUUCAAUUUGCGUGUAACACUUGUCCCUAUGUAUUCAAAAUUUCCCGAAAAAUAAGCAACCGGACCUAUCCAAAAUUGAAAGAAUUGGACGACGUGUUGGGUGGAGCAGCAGCUUGGGAAAACGUCGAUUCAACUGCUGAACGUUGUCCAAAGUGUUGUCACCCACGUGCAUACUUCAUGCAAAUUCAAACAAGAUCUGCCGACGAGCCCAUGACAAUUUUCUACAAAUGUUGCAAUUCGUCGUGCGGUCACAAUUGGCGAGAGUAAAAAAUCGUUGG